AACGUCAAACACACCAACUUUGUUUUCUCUGCCCUUAUCUACCUAUUUUCAUUCCUAUAAAUUCCUCUCUACCCACAAACCAAACCCUCUUCACCAAUUCCAUCGUUUUGGACCACACCGAAUGAAACGGACACACUUCACUCUGCCACAUGUGGCAGACAUCACAUGCAUGGACCCCAACCGGCCACCGCUCGUGCCGGAGAAGCUCUCCAAAACGGUGCGUUUCCUCGGCUUCUUCAUCCAAAACGACGUCAUGAAGCGCGGGAAGAGCAUAGGGAAGGCGCUCAACGACGUCGUCGUGCGCCACCACCAGGCCCUCACCUGCCGCCCACGUGAUGCUCACGUCUCCUUCGUGUCGCCGUUGGAGUAUCAGUUCAGCUGCAGCGGGAGUCCGCCGCGGCGCCUCUCGCAUGCCAGCCGGAGGAAGCUCUCCCCGCCCUCUUCGAGCCGCUCGCCGGCUCAUCAUCGCGCUGUGAGGAUGUGCCGUGGCGGCGGUGACGGCAUCGUGGAGAGGCGCGUGAAGAUCGCGGGGUCCGCCGCUUCCAUGCUGAACGACGUCGUGGAGAAGGAGUUCCACGUGGACGAGGCCGCGGAGGAGUUCAUAGCGAGGUUCUACAGAGAGUUGAGGUUGCAGAAAUGGCUGGAUCACUAUUGCUGACGUGUAUAGAAUAAUGUGUGGUUAAAACUGUAGUUAUAAUUAAUUAGCCUUCUUCCAUGUAUGUUACUUACUGUUAAUUACUGCAAUGGAUCGGAUCGUGUUCUUACCAACUCCUAUGUUACCAAAAAAAUAAAAACUGUUGCUACCUUGUUUAAUUAA